AUGGCGGUCGACCCUCUCUCGCCCAUUGCGCCUGCGCGCAUACGGGCGCUCCUCCUGCCCGUCGGCCGCAUCAAGCGUUCACGUUUCCUAAACUUUGUCGAAUUCCUGCAGCCACAUUGUAUGGUGCGCCUUGGAGACAUCAGUCCUGAUCCUCGGCCAGAUAGGAAUAUGUUCUCACCUCUAGCAUUCCCCAACGGCACCCUUUUAUAUGACCUGUCGACGUCACUUCCACCCCCUUCGCAUUUGUCACUGUCCCCAUUUGAGCAAUUUCGAGAACCACUCUCAAUCAUCGGUAUUGCCGACGCCUCAGAAUAUCCUUGGCUUCAUCAGUCACGUGCCGAGGCAGAAGAAGAUGACACGCCGUCCAUGUCCAAUUCGCAGGAUGAUGAUAGAGAAGGGAUUUUAUCAGCCGUGGAUGAUCUGAAAGAACAGUUCCCGAAGGCUUAUCUGCACAGCCUCAUGUUGUUUGAUUGCGCCUCGCAACAGCCGCAUCCUCAACUGCCUCCGGAAACGUUACUCGUGCCCCCGGCUCCUCAAAUCAAGAUGACCACAAUGAAGACACUGAUGUGCGAUCUCACCGCAACAUUACUUGCUGAGAUGACUACCCUAGCAAAAUCGAUACAAGUUUUACCCACUGUAGCCUCACCAGCAUCUCAAGCCGGAAACACAGACAAUGUGCCCAGCUGGGCUAAUGCGGACCCCUCAGCAUCUCUGUUCUCCCGAAGGAAUUCACAAACCCCCGUUUCGAGUAGACCUGAGUCACCUGUGUCGGCAAAUCAGAAAGAUCUGCAUCGAAUGUCCAUGCCUGUGCUACCAUCGUCCUCUGGAGGCUCACUCGCCAACAAUGACCCCAGAGCGGCAUCUCCCGCGACACAAGGAGCUCGCACCCCUCCAACAACUUUCGAUGAGAUAUCGGGUCUUGAUGCGGCCAAUACUCUUCAACGAACGUCGAGUAAUUCCUCAAAGCCAAAGAGUGCAGGAAGAGAUCGCAGCGCUGAUCGAGUGUCCAUCCAUGGUUUUGGUUCCGGUGGUGCCGGUGAGCGAGCACGCAACAAAGGACGUGGGCGUGUAGGCGUUAUUAUCGGAACGCUGUACCUAUGCGCUGGGCAGUGGCAUGAUGCUUUGCGAGAACUUACCGAGGCAGCCACGCAAGCACGGACAUUCAGUGAUCACCUGUGGCAUGGAAAAGCUCUGGAGAAUAUCAUGGUUUGCCUUCUGCUGUUCGCAUGGUCAGGCAUGGAUUUUCAGAUACCCGAGAUCUGCUAUCCCUCGCACGAUAAAUCGUCGGGCACCAAAUCUCCCCAGCAUACACCUGCUGGCAGCAUAGCUGAUGUAGCCUCUCCAACGUCAGCAAGAAGUUCCACUCACGAAGCCGCCCUUGAGAGCCUCAAUACCAUUCUUCCUGACCUAGUGAAUAUGAUUCUGAACAUCUAUACCCGGGCCUCGAAUUUUCCAGGGGAAUCUCUUCCUCCACUUGCUUUCUCGGAAAGCGUCAUACGUUUCUCCAAACUCUUGGCGGCCAUGAACUUGUCCGCAGGAUAUCUGGACUACGAUGCGCUGCAACACCUCGUUCAAAACAAUCCAUUCCGGCAAAAGCCACGGCUUUCUGUGCCACGGCUCGCAGUAAAUCCCACAAGGAAUGAUAUCGCUGCCAUGCUAUUCCGUGCGUUGCCGGGACCCCCCGACAGUUCGGGGAUGAGCGGGACCGAUAGGGUGGUUGUGUUGGCCGGGGUAGCGUCUGUAUUGUCGUCGCUCGAGCUUCAAAGAAAGAAGGCCAUUGUAAUGAGAGAGUUCAUAACUUCCUUGAUACCAGGCCUAGUGCAAGCCCGAAAAGUCGGUGCGGCAGAGAUGGGAGUGCACCCUGCUGCGGGUCUCGCUGCUCUAAAUAUGGCUAGUGGGGGCCAUUCUGGAGCAGGCGCUCUUCAUCUGGGAGAAGGUGAGAUCGAAAACGGCAUUGAUGAGUUCCUAGGCAUGCUGGGACGUGUCUACGGGGUCCCCGAUACAAGAGCCACGUUCAAUUUACCAGUGCUACCCUCAAUAACGAACGGCGCAACUAUACCCGCGCCAGGAAAAUCGAGCCAGGAUGCAGUCACAGAGAUCUUACGGAUAGCUUCUCUCAGAUCGUUCGGGAGCCUUGGUCUGAAGGUGGACAUUCUACGCAUGUGUAUCAACUUCUGCGAGGCGUUACCAGACUUUAACGGCGUUCUCCACUUCACUGCGCUACUUCUAAGGAUCGCAGGUCCUGGCACAGCCCCCAAGCCAAAUAGCACCGAUGUCUUCGUCUCGUUACCGCGUGACGAACAAGUGCGACUUUUCGCCAACAUCUCUCGCACGGUUGCUCAAGCGAACAAGUUGGGGCUCAAGCAUAUUGAGACUGACUAUUGGGAUGACUUCUUGGUUCGUGGUCUUUUCAUAAUGGAACCACCGAUUCCCUUGCGUUUGACCCACCAUCGUCCUGCAGAGUUGAAAGUUGCACCAUCCAAGGAAGGACCCUUCAUCCACAACCCUUGGAACAAGAACCCGCAGGCCAACGCUGUCGAGACUGUGCUUGUUGCCAACGAGGAAUACAGAUUUGUCAUUGCUCUACAGAACCCGUACGACUUUGAGCUCGAAGUCGACUCGUUACGUAUAGCUGCCGAAGGUGCGGAGUUUGUUGCGCAUGAGGAGCUAUUCAUUUUGGGUCCUUAUCGAACCCAGAAGUUUCCAAUAAGUGGUGUUGCUCACGCAGAAGGGACAUUGAAUAUCAUUGGAUGUUACGUCAAGGUCACUGGGUGUCGUGAGCGUUUGUUCCCGAUAUUCCCCGAUCCUUGGCGACCAGAAAGAGAAUUGAAGAUGAAGAAAAUAGGGCUUAAGGCUUGUCUCGGUGCCCCAGUUUCUCGCCCCACUUCAGCGGUUGGAACAGCAGCAGAUGUGCAAAAAGCAUCCUCGCCAAAGCCGGAGACGUUGACUUUCAACGUGAUUCCAGAUCAGCCCGUGGUCAUCAUCACUGACGUUUCUCUUCCGCAAGGAGCUGUCAUGGUGCUAGAAGGAGAGAGGAGGCGAUUUACUGUGACCGUGAGGAACACUUCCAAUACCACCGCCGUCGACUUCGUUCAUAUUACAUUUCAAGAUUCGGCGACGGCAGCUAUCCAAGCUGCUACGUCCAAUCGGGACCUUCCACCCGCUGAACUCCACGAAUUGGAAGUUCAGCUGGCGCAAUUCCCCUCUUUGCGUUGGCUUAAGCAUGAAAAUGAGGAAUCCAUGUCUAUAAAGCCAGGCGAUGAGGCUCAAUUCGAGAUCGAAGUUGUUGGUCGAACACGGCUUACAGAUGCGGUCGUUCAGAUUGACUAUGCUAAUCUCGGCAAACGACGCUCGGAGAUCCAAGACAGAUUCUUCACACGGCAGGUUUCUGUGCCUAUAUCUGUCACAGUCAACGCUAGCGUUCAGCUACAGCGUCCCGACAUAGUCCCACUUUCUGGCGAUCUUGCGUGGUCCAGCCAAACGAAGGAGCUGACUAUGUCGAUGGAAAAAUUCGGGAGCCACUUCCAGCAGGCUUUUCAUCACAUGAAGUCGCAAGAAAACAGUGACGAGUACUGCAUGCUCUUACUGGACUUACGUAAUUCAUGGCCAAACCCUUUGCACAUCGCUCUUCAGGUCCGAGGACGACCUGCUAGUGAAGAGAGCAGCAUCGAUUCAUGGGCUGAAGCCCACACGGUUAACGAAGUUAUCCAACCAGGCCAUAUCAACCGAGUCGUCCUCAUUUUGCCCAAGAUCUACCUCAAGGAACCCUACGCCCCCGUUCCGUCGCUCAACCCAGCGAAUCAGCGGCAAUUCGUAGUCAGCGCGAGCAAGGUGUCUCCCGAAACAGAGCGCGCAAACCGGGAGGCUUUCUGGUACCGCCAUGAGAUGUUGAAGCUUAUCCGCGGGACAUGGAAAGAAGAAGGAGGCGGGAAGACCGGGAGCAUUGAGUUGCGCACCAUGCGUUUCUCACCGCGCAUGGUUGAGGCUAUAAAGUUGGGGGAUAUCAAGAUUGAAACUACUCUUGAGGCGGACUUCCCCUCUGACGAGAACGACAACGUAGUGCGACAGCUCGGUCACGCAAGUUUCGAGGUCUCUGUGGACGAUUUCUUGACACUCAAGACCAAGGUUCAUAACCGAAGUCCUGCCCCAGUCGCACCGCUUCUGCGAUUGCAACCUCAUCUCGCCGGUCUCCCACACAACAUCGCCCUUGAUCUCGACAAGCGCUUCUCCUGGACUGGCGUUCUUCAGCGCCGUCUGCCGACGAUUGAACCGGGACAGUCGGUGGAGUCGGAGCUCGGCAUUGUCGCACUGACAAGCGGUGUCUACGAGAUUGGUGCGACAGUCGACGAGGUAGAGCUUCAGCAGACGGUCAGUGACGUGAAAGGGAACAGGCCGCGUAGCGGGACGGCGCAAAUGCAGGCUGAAGUAUUGGGUGAGCCUAGGUUGCGCUCCUGGCAUAUGAAGGAGCCAUGUACAAUUGUGGCGAGAAGGAAAGGGUAG